AUGGAGCCUGCUGCCGGAGACAUCGCCGAAGAUAUUGCCGGAAACAGAGACAGAAACAGAGAGUCACACGUCAUACCGGUGACCGCCAAAAAUUUGAUAGCUCAAAGUCUGCUACAAUCGAGCCAUUUAGGUAAUGUGCCAUAUGAAGCUUUUCAGAAGGCAGUAAAGGAGUUUGGAGUGAGCCGGAAGACAGUCUAUAAGAUCUGGUCAGAGACCAAAAAACAGAUCCAGAGUGGAGUACCUGUCAACAUAGCAAACCGUGUUAAAGGCUUCAAGCGCAAAGAUCAAAUUCAGCUUGAUACUAACAAGGUAAGAUCUCUUUCAAUCCUUGAAAGAGGUACUAUCCGUAAGAUGGCGGUGAAGCUUGAGUUAAGCAUGACUACCGUAGGCAGAAUGGUGAAAGAUGGUAGGCUCAGGCCACACACAAAUGCAGUUAAGCCACUACUUACUGCUGCAAACAAAUUAGCAAGAAUGAAAUGGGGUCUCAUUCAUGUUCAACCAGUGGUGUUCAAUGGUAUGCUCAAAUAUCACACAAUGCACAAUGUAGUGCACAUUGAUGAGAAGUGGUUUUUCAUGACUAAGGCUACGGAUAGGUACUACCUGCUGCCAGAUGAGGAAGAGCCAUAUAGAGCUAUUAAGUCAAAGCGGUUCAUCACAAAGGUCAUGUUUAUGUGUGUUGUGUGUAGACCAUACAUUGCAGAAAAUGGAGAAGUCAUAUUUGAUGGAAAAAUAGGCAUUUUUCCAUUCACUACUAAAGAGCCAGCAAAGAGAGGUUCCAAGAACAGACCAAGAGGCACCUUAGAGACCAAGCCCAUUCAAUCAGUGAACAAGGAAGUCAUGAGGGAAUGCCUCAUUCAAAAGAUCCUACCAGCCAUCAAGGCUAAAUGGCCAGAGUAUAUAAGCAAUGAGAUAUUCAUUCAACAAGACAAUGCAAGGCCACACGUAAACCACAAUGAUGCAGAAUUUCAGGCUGUAGCAAACACAGAGGGUUUCAAAUUCCAUAUCAUUUGCCAACCACCUAAUUCCCAUGAUUGUAAUGUGUUGGAUUUAGGUUUUUUCCGUGCCAUCCAGUCUAUACAAGAUGACAAAGUGGCUAAUGGAGUGGAUGAUUUGUCGAGGAAUGUGCAAAGCUCCUUUGAUGAACUUAGUGCACAAACACUCAAUAAUGUUUUCCUAACCCUUCAAGGUUGUCUUACUGAGAUAUUGAAGGUGGAAGGGAGAAAUGGAUACAAAAUUCCACACAUGAAUAAAGAACGGUUAUCAAGGUUGGGGAUACUUCCAAUCACUUUGGAAGUUGAGGAAGAGAUUGUCAAGGCUGUUGUGGCUUACCUCCAACAACCUAAUAAUGAUGUCAGCACAUCAUAUGACAUCUCAGGUAUCAGUACAGUUGUAGGCUUCUAA